AUGAGGGUUGGAAUUGAGCUUGCUUCGUGGCUCUCCUUGGGCGUUGGUGCCUUGGGAGCAGCGCAAAGUAACGUUCCCUGGCCAGCAAUUCCGAAACCUCAAAGCGUCGCAUCUACCAACGGUCCAGUAUAUGUUUAUCCCAGUUCCGUUAGGAAGGGAUUGAGCAGUGGUUUUGCCAAUAAUAGUGCGAAUAGUGAUAGUGCGUUGGUUUUCCAGAGCAUUGGAGACACUUAUACCCUGGACUACGGAAGCGAUGUAGCUGGAAAACCGAUUUUCCACAUUCAAGUUGCCGAAGGCAAUCCUCAGAUUGAGGUCAAGUACACCGAAGCUUUCCCAGGUCUUUUGAAGGCCGAAGGAGACGGUCCAUUUGCAUUUGCAAACGCUUUGGGUGCUACUUUUCGAGUCGAGACUUUCAAUAUUACCAAGACUGGAGAUCUAUCCGGUUAUUUCAUUCAGGGAUCCCAGCGGUGGCAGUCGAUCAAGUUGAUCAGCGGGAAGAAGUUGGUUAUUCAACGUGCUGGAUUUGUUUCUUCCGUUGACCAGAGCCCGCUGAGCUCCAUGCCCGGAUAUUUCGCGUCUAGCAACUCGACCUACACUUAUAUUUGGGCGCUGGGUCCCCGCACCCAGCAACUGGUCUGCUUUCCACCCGAAUCUCAAACUUCUACUUGGGAGAUCACUUCAAAUGGCGCAUAUAUACGUGGGCAGAAGCCUGCUACUACUGCUCGUGUCGUCAAUUUGAGCAACUACACCCUGUCAUUCGAGACGAUGAUUGACCGUGGCGGUACUGGUUGGCGUGUUGACACGGAGAUUGAUGCGAUUCAAGCUACUGGGCCUAUCUGUAAGUAUACCAGUAACCCACACACGACAGGUCAUAUAACUAAUCCUCUCAUACUAGUCGUCCUCACAAGUGAAUACCCAACGGGCUCCUUUGCAAACAUCGACAAGACCCUCCUCCCACCAAACACCCUAGUCCUCGGCCGUGGCUGGUCUCUGCAAAACCAAACAAGUCUACCCGGCUACGUCCUGGACAAAUUCCCCCUCAAGUUCAACGUGACUGAGAAAACAUGGCACACCAUUCGCACCGAGUCCCCCGGUGAUGACACUUACACGGUUUACCUGGACGACCGGCUCAUCGCCCACUUCAAUAUCAGCUCGUAUGGCAUCAGUGAUCCGAACCCUUAUAUCCCCGGCGGUAUUUACACGAGUUUCGCCUUUGGUCCCUGGCAAGACCAAGCAGCCUACGUGCGGAACGUAAACGUCACACUCAGCACGGGCGAAAACGUAUACAGCAACGCCAUGACAUCGGAAGACGUUCUCGUCGAGUACGGAGUUCAAUCAAACACCCAAUACGUCUGCUCUGACUCCGGCAAACGUGAUCGCUUCUCAUGGCUAGGUGACCGGCUUAUCUCCGCUCGCACCGUCAUGGUUGGCUCCCACCAGGGUGAAUACGUCUGGGGACCGGCCGAGGAAGCUUUCUCUCGGCAAGUUGGCUCGGGCCAAAUCCCUAUUAACACGCUAUUCAGUCCGCUGGAUGCGGAGGGGUCUUUAAUUCGGACGACGAAUGUGGACCCGCUAAUUGUGGAUUACGAUUUCGAUUUUAUGCAGGUCAUUUAUGAUUAUUGGGUUCGUUCCGGCAAUGAUACGUUCCUGGAAAAGGCUUGGCCGCGGAUGGUCAUGGCUACGAGCUAUGCGCUGUCGAGGUCUUUGGAUCAGAAGACCCAGUUGUUUGGUGCGCCGUAUGGUAGUACUGGAACGCCGUUGUCCGGAGAGAAGGGACAGGCGCUUGGUCCUGCUAAUACGGUCUCCAUGAUCAUUGGCCUGGAGCGAAUGGCGGAAAUGGCACGCUUCAUCGGCGAUAAUGCUGCUGCGGCGUUUUACCAGACGCAGGCACAGCUUUCGCGAACUGCUAUCGAUUCUCUCCUCUGGAAUGAGACUGCUGGGUACUAUGCCGCGACGCUGGGCGGUACCGGAUAUGAUCUUAUGGACAUCGCGCAGGUCCUGUUGGCUGGUAUCGGCAGUGAGCAACGGCAGGCGAGCUUUGUAGAGAAGCUGUCCGCUCUGCGGGUUCAGGCUGGGUAUAUCAAUGGCACGCGCUUCUUUGAUACACCCGGCAUCGUGGACGUGUACUAUAUGAGCUUCUUGCUGGAGGGUCUCGCGUUGACGAAUCGUACUGCCUUGGCACAGGAUUUGUUGGAUGCCACGUGGGCGCCCAUGGUGAACCGCGAUCGCAAUUACACUGGUGGAUACUGGGAGUACAUCAGCACCGACGGCACAUACCCCGGUCUGGAUCUCUUCACCGGCAUGAGCCAUUUCUGGGGCAGUUAUCCCACCGUCUUCCUCAGCGAAUACGCUCUGGGCCUUCGACCCACAAAGCCCGGUUACAGCACCUACCUAUUCGCCCCCCUGCCCGGCUUCAAGACCGAAUGGGUGCACGGCCGCGUGCCCACACCUGCUGGACUGAUCUACGCUGCGUGGGGAUACAACAAGCAAGGCAAGAUCGUGAUGGAAAUCACGCCACCAGCCGGGCUUCAAGGAACGCUUGUUCCUCCAUUCGCGGGGAGUUACUCGGUAGGAAACCAACAGGGGCAGUCGGGUAAUCAUAUCAUUGCAGGGGGUGCGACGGUGAUCAUUGUUCAGGAAUAG